CAGACUGGAGGGUGGGUGAGAGACUCGAAGGCCUCUGGUAUUAGAAAUUCCAAGAUGAGUGACCUCUAGGUUAUGGCCACCCUCAAGAAUGGACAGAGGCUGUUGAGGCAUUUCCUCACAAUGUCUGCAUCAAGAACCCUGACCCAAGUGGAGUACCCUAUCCAACCCUGGACCUAAACCUCAGAAUCCUCAGGAUACUCAGACUUCCUGAAUAUCACAAAACAGACUCUAGGGAAGGACCUCUGAGCCUUAACCUGGACAGGAGCAUGAGGAGAAGCUCGAGUUGUUUGGCCUGGUAGGGAAUUAGUCCCUAUUCUGGAAGCUGAUGGUCCCUUCUGAUUGGUGCAGAAGGAAGAUGCCCAGGGGAGUGUGAGUCCCUGUCCCAAGAGUAGGUCUGCCCCACAGAGGGUAGGUAGCUGGUCCCAGAGCACAAGGUUGCAGACCGCAUCCCUGAAGCAACCAGAUAAGGGCUGAUUAUUGGGUUAUGACUUGGUUUACGUUUCACAUAGAGAGCAGGACAGGAGGGUUGAAAUUUCCAGACCGAGAGAGGAAAAUUCUUCAAGGUGCCCAGGGCACUAAACUUAGUAGCUUGCCCCCACCCUUUGCUGGUCUCAGCUUCCUGGAAAGGACCGGAGGAGGAAGAGGAGGCAUAGUUUUGCAUUGGGAUGGAGGGAUUAAGGGGAAGAGGAGGUAAGGGCUGGAUACAGGAUUAAAAGAGAAGUGACCGGAAGGAGAUGGGAGCUUGGGGUUUUAGCAAGAGUAUGGGAUGCAAAGGGUGUAAGGGUUGGUUGUGGGGGUGGGGGGCAGUUCUUCCAGGCCAACAAUAGAGAGAAAAAGGAAUUUGAAUAGAAUAAAGGAGAGAUAAUUGAGCAAUUGAGCUCUGGAAUCUGAUGUCUCAAAAAGUCAAGGACUGGAAGCCCCAGGCCCCUGCUGGUAGGAGGCUGGCAUCUCUGGAACAGGACUUGGCAAAAACAGGAAGGUAAGGUUUCUUGGGUCUUUUACCUGUUUGACAGCAGCAACCUGGCACCAAAGAACUUUGAUCUUCCCUCAUGUGCGCUCUUAUCUACUUCAUCCUUCCUCUGUCUCAUCUUCCUGGGAAAAGCAACCCGCACCUCAGUUAUCCCCAAGGCACCACAUUACCACCCAAAAGGGACUCCUCCCAGCUUCUCACUCUGAAUGUGACUGGCCCAGGUGAGACGACUCCUCAGCCAAAAGGUCUGCUUUCGGGACCCAUUCCCAUCAAUGUCUGCUGAUAAGACAAGCAGGCUAGGACAGGAAACAGGGAGGGGAAAACGAAAGCAAGCUGGUGCCAGCCUGCCCUGUGCUCCCACCCUACCCACAGUGCCCCCAUCAGAAUUUGGGUAUGCUAGUGUGAUAGUGUGGUGGGAUGAUUGUGAAAACAGAACUGUGUGGGAGUGGGACUUUGAGUGUAACUGAGGCUAUAUGAUUCCGUCUGGGGUUGUCUGACCAUGUGAGGUUGAUCCAGUGACUGAGGUGUGACUGUGAAUGGAUAACUACAGGUAUGAGUGUGAAUGUCCUCACUGGAUGCCACUAUGGAUCCUCUGCCCCCCUUACUGUACCAUCAGCCCCCACGUGCAUAACCCAUCUCCCCAGCUUCUCUGCCCAGAACUUAGAAGCCCAUGGGAAACGGCAGUCCUAAAAAAGGAGGGGUUUGUGGCACAGGGGUCUGUGGUAAUUAGAGCCCAGGAAUGUCACAAGAUGAGCAAUACAUCUUCACCUGCGGCUGACUCACCUGGUGCCCCAGGUAUAAAAGGCACCCAGAUAACAGGUAGGGAAGGAGGAGAGAGAAGGAAGCAUCCAGGCUGAGCAUCAUGAAGGGACCCUCGCCCACCAGCGGCCUCCUGCUGUUCCUGUUGUUCCUGAGCCCAGACCCUGGAGGAGCGUUGCUACUGCCAUUCAGCCCUGCAUGCUGUACUCAGCUCUACCGACAGCCACUCCCAAACAAGCUACUGAGGAGGGUCAUCCGAGUGGAACUUCAGGAAGCUGACGGGGACUGUCACCUCCAGGCCUUCGUGCUUCACCUGUCUCAACGCAAGGUCUGCAUCCACCCCCAGAACCGCAGCCUGAUUCGGUGGUUUGAGCGCCAAGGGAAGAGGCUCCAGGGAACUCAGCCCAACCAGAGUUUGGAGCUCAUAGGGAAAAUGGGCUGGGACCCCCAGUAGCCAAAGUAAUAAAGCAGCGAUGCACAAUA